CAUUUAUUCAUACCUACGAAGUACUACCGGUACUAUCCAUCCGUACAUUUAUAUAAAUACAUAUCAAUCAAUCUUCAUCUAGACGACUUGGACCUACCUCGUCCUAGUAGAUUCUUCCACCCCAUUCUCCAUUCUUUAUCACAGACAUCACUCUCUCGAGUUCUCCAUCAAAACCAUCAUAUAUCACAUAAAUUGGCCGCCGUUCUCCACUUGUUCGCAUUAACAUUCCUUUUCACCUCACAGAAUUUCCAUUAUCCAUUAAAAAAAAAGUCCAGUGCACACACUCGAGACACCGCACAAAGCAGCAACAGAUCUCUCACUGCCCUGACCAUUUACCGAAUGCGAUGAAAUCCAAGAAUAUUCGAAACAACAAAGAAUGCACCCGCCAGUAAUAGAGACUUGUCCUGGGAAAGCAUUGUUUAAGAAUUAAUAUUGUAUUUAUCCAGGUAGAUCGUAGCAAGCAAGUAUUGAAAAACAAAAAAAGAUCCCGUCCCAGAGGAUUGGAUUGAGUGAUACAGAUUACCAGUACACAGGUACUCAUUUAUAUAUAUGUAUAUAUAUUCUCCGUAUAUGUAUCUACCUAGCUGGAGGUAUAUAAUAUACUUUCAGCCCUGUCCUAUCUGGCUGUAUUGGGAAUCUUUCUAGAACUUCCAAGAGUCCAAGAGAUGCAGGUAGAUGUUUGAAUGGACGGAUGAAUGAAUUGCAUGUAUUCACUCAUUCCCUCACUCACUCUAUAUGUAUUUGUAACCUUGGAUUUUCUUUGGGAUAAAUGCUAAAUAACUUACCACCAACGGAGUUUUGUUUCAAUUUGUAUAUCUUUCUCGCCAAUUUACCUAUAAGUCGUUAAAUAUCGAUUUAUUCAUUCAUUGGGGUGAAUACCCUCAUUUCUUUCAAUAUCCGAAUCACCUGGACUUAUCAUAUCAUAUCGAUUGAAUCGCCUUCUUUUUUACAUCCAUAUUUUACACAAGUUUAUAUCAUUUAUACCCUCUCAACCUUUUCUCUCACCACAUAUACCACAUAUACCACAUAUACCCAAUCAUCAGGUGUCUCUCAUCUCAUGGCUAUCAUAAACACCAAAGAAAUCAUGAUGAAAGAUCCUCUUUCCCCUCAUUCCUCACAUUUCGAUUUUGGUACUCCUCCUCCUUCACCACCGCCUUCAACAACUGCCUCGAAAUCUCCAUGUCUUCCUUUAUUCACAUCAAAAUCAAAGAUAAAUUCAAAUUCAAAUUCAACGAUAACGCCUAUAUCCGAUAAAUAUUCGACGUCGAAACCAUGGUAUCAUACCACCAUUGGAAAACGUCUAGGUCCGGAAGCACGUGAGUUGUUGGAGAAUUAUAGUCACAUACCUCCCGAGGAAGUAGAUGCGCAUGUUUAUAAAAUGCGCGAUCUCCUUUGGAAUCAAACCCCCUACCCUUCCAUCGGCAAUUUUUCCUUCCUAACCCUGCGUCUAUUGACCCACCCACUCUAUCCCCGCAUCGUUGAGAUUCUCUCCACACCACCUACGCCUUCUAAUCCACCGGCUCUUUUUCUUGAUCUCGGUUGUUGUGUUGCUCAGGAACUGCGUUCCCUUGCCCAUCAUGCCCGUAUUCCUCCCUCCCAACUCUACGGCACAGAUUACAAUGCCUCCUUCCUAAAAUCCUCCUACAAAAUCUUUCUCGAUGCCUCUCCACCCCAAUCUCAAUCUCCAUCUCAAUCCUUCACUCUCCUCCCAGCUAACAUCCUCGAUCCCAAUUUCUUCACUCUCACUUUCAGAAACCACAUCCAUUCCUUCUCCAUCAUCCACGCUUCUCUCUUCAUGCACCUCUUCACCUGGGAUCAACAACUCCUCGUUUGCGCUAAUAUAGUCAAACUCCUCAAAAACGCCGAAGGUGCCCUGUUCGUCGGGUGUAUGGUGGGGAAACAGGGAGGCGGAACGGGGGAACAGGGGAGAUGGCUCCAUGAUGCGGAUUCGUGGGUUAGAUUAUGGGGGGAAGUUUGGGAGCAAGUAGGCAUGACGGGGAGUUGGAAGGUCCAAGGUGAGUUGAGAGAGUUACCAGGGGAUCUAGGGAAGGAGGGAGAGGGCGAGGAGGAGUGGGAGGAACGUAUGGUGGGGAAGGAGGGCGCGGGGGUGGGUCUUUUUGAAUUCUCGGUUGAGAGGACGGGGAUGGGAAGUGGAGAGUCGAGGUUGAGGAGUACGUGA